CAAUAUAUCACUGAGAAAGAAAGCCUUACAGAAGAUACCAAUACAGUAUACUAUAAUGUUUUCUCUUUCCAAAUAGACCUAGCAGCAACUAUGGAUAUAAGAUUGAUGGGAAGCACUUAUGGCUCCGCUUUUCUGAACCUGGUCUUGAGAAGUUUUUGUAAAGGCAGGAUGGGUGAAGCAGUUUCCCCUUCAUCGUGCUUUAUCAUGAAGUGAGGAUUGCAAAGGAAACAUGUACUUCUGUUUGGGAAAUGUGUUGCCAUCUAUGAAAAGAUCUUCUAUGAAAAGAUUUACAGAUACAUUUCUCAAUGCAAAGAAUCUACAGAGACAGAAUAACAAGUUAAGUAUAGAUACAUCCAGGCACAGGUUAUUCUGCAUGGGGAACCUUAUUUAACUACAUAUUCCCAUACUGGAUAAUCUGAAAAAAAAUAUGACGUCAUCUAUAUACUGUAAUGAAACAGUGCUCCCCAGUGGCCAGAUGGUAGCAGUUAUAUAUAUCCUGCUUAUAGCCACACACCCCAGAGCCCUGGAGUAUAAAUUCUGCCAUGUCUGAUUGCUAUAAUGUUUAGUCGUAAAAAAGACUGCCAUCUAACCCUAUCAAAAAAGGGCAGCAAUUAUUUCUGCCAACUCUUCUGUAUAUUUCUACAAAGGAGCUGGUUUGCUCAUGGUGAUAAUGGGCAAUUCUACAGGGGUUUUGCACUCCCAUCCUGCCCUACUGCAGCUUCAGAUACUGAGGACAUUGCACACUGACUAUCACUACCACCUCCAUUAUAAAAUGUCAUACCUCAAGAUAGUAUUGAGGAUGAUUAUCUAUUACUUUUUAUUUAAUUCUAUUAAUCAUGUAAAAUGAUUUUUUUCUGGUGAUAAUUUUUAACUAAAUGUUAAUGUUUUAAUAUAAAACCUUUACUCAAUAUGUAAAUUAUUAUAUGAUGAGGAUUUUAAUUCAGUAGGUAAUGCCUCACACAGGAAAUAUUUAAUUCUUCUCUUAAAGGAAUACCUAAAUGUGAUAUAUAUUUUUUUUACAACUGAAAAGAGUCACAUAACAAAGAGAUGAUAUUGAAAAAAUAUCUACUUCAGGGGGGCACAUUGCCCCCUUUUAAAGUAGAAAAAUCCCUUCAAAGGGUUUCAAUCAGUCGGUGUGUUGAGCACUUAAAAACACCAGCACAGGCUUGAUGGUGAUAGGCUGAGGCAUAAUCCUAGUUUAAACUUUGCCAUCGCUCUAGGGGUUAUUAUCAGCUUUUCCCAUGUAGAUUAAGAGAGAAUCCAUUAGAGAUUUACAUUAUGACGGACUAAAGUGAUGAGUUUCCAUUCUGUAACUAAUUCCCUAAACUCUUCUUAAACUGAAAUUGAAAUUUCACUAGAAGUGCAGCAGAGAGAAGAAUGUGAAACACACCUGGUUUCUUUCAGAAAGGCACUAGGACCUAGAGGAAAUGUGCUGCCUUAUGAGUCAGCCCUAGUACUGGAGCUCCUGAAACCAGUGAAUGAGAACAGACAUGUGAAUGGCUCAGCUGGGUUUCAAAGCAUUUUGUGGACUAGGAUACAAGAGGCUACAAAAUAACUGGUUUAGCCAGGAUUUUACCUUCUUGUGAUCGACAGACACUCUGCAGCACAGCAAAGCUCCAUCUGGACUGCACUACGUACAGAUGGUAUGCUGGGCCUCAACUCAGCUCAGCGUUUGACCGCAAUAAAGGCCUCUAUAACAGAGCAGCUUUCCAUUCUGUACAACCAAAGGUGGAUAGAGUAAUGUCCAUGUUGUACUACACUUUGUUUAUAGCAAUUCUCAUCAGCGUACAGGCUGCACCAAAGACCAAAGACCAUGCCCCAGCAAGGUCUUCAGCAAAAUCCCGCAUUCCUCAUCACACACAUCGAACUAAGUCUCUUCACCAUCACCAUGGAAAACUAGAGGCAAAGGAGCCUUCGUACUUUCACAAUGUCACAGUGGACCCUAAACUUUUUAGAAAAAGGAAAUUUCGAUCUCCACGAGUUUUGUUUAGUACUCAACCUCCUCCAUUGUCCGAGGACAUACGAAAUUUGCAAUACUUGGACGAUGAGGAAUCUCUUAACAAAACCAUCCGGUCUAAGAGGACAGUGCAUCCGGUUCUUCACCGAGGGGAGUACUCUGUAUGUGACAGCGUCAGUAUGUGGGUUGGGGAAAAGACUACAGCCACCGACAUCAAGGGCAAGGAGGUGACUGUGUUGGGAGAAGUAAAUAUAAACAAUAGUGUUUUCAAACAGUACUUUUUUGAGACCAAAUGCAGGGACCCAAAGCCAGUUUCAAGCGGAUGCCGUGGGAUUGAUGCAAAGCAUUGGAACUCUUAUUGUACCACCACGCACACCUUUGUCAAAGCAUUAACAAUGGAAGGGAAGCAAGCAGCAUGGAGAUUCAUACGGAUUGAUACAGCAUGUGUCUGUGUGCUAAGCAGGAAAGGUCGAACCUAAGUGAAAACAUUCUUGCCAUCCCAUCUUCUCCCCACCCCUACCUCAGCCUGUAAAUUAUUUUAAAUUAUAUGGACUGCAUGGUAUAUUUAUAGUUUAUACUGCAAAAAGAGAGACAUUAUUUAUUAAUAAACAAUUU